CCCUCCUACUGUUUACAAUUUCCUGCCAUUCGAUACAGCUGCUUAAGCGUUGACUUCAUUUUUUCUUUCUUUUUCUUUUUUGUCGAUUUCCUUUUGUUAGUUUCCUUUUGUCGUCUUCCUUCUUCUUCGCUUCCACGCUACAACCGCCCGCCCUUCGGUUGUUUUCCGCCUUUUCUCCGCUACUUCUCCCCCUCCCACCGCCAAAAUGCCUUCUCAACUGCUAUCUGCCUGACCCUGGCGACCAUCACCUGCCAAGUCAGCGCCCUGCCCUCGCCCCGCAAUGUCAAGACCAUAAAGCCCGAGCCACCGAAAGUCAUGGCUGGAAUGCUCUGGACCCCCGGCUCCCCCGGCUCCAAAUACGUUGACGAUGCCCUCAACAAGAUCAUCGGCAAGCGGCGGGUCGCCAAGGAGGCGCCUAUCGUAAGCUCCAUCUAG